AUGCAUACACAUCCAACUUUAAUAACAUUUACACAAAUUAUUUAUAUGAAUAUACUUGAUAAACGACGACGACAAAAACAUUUUUUAUUAAUUGAUGAUAAACAAAUACUUGAACAAUAUAGACGAAAAUGUUUACGUUUUCGAUGGUUUUUAUUAAUAACUUUAAUGAAUAAUUUAUCAUUGAUACCAACAAGACGGCAUCAUCAAAAAUUGACAAUAAAUAGGCAUAAUCAGAAAAUAAAUCAACGGACAUUAUCCGAUUCAUUAGUGUCAAAUGGAACGGUUACAGUUAAUAUGUGCCAGUGA